AUGGCUCCCGUCGCGACCUCCACCACCUCUGCCGCCGGCGGCAAGGCCAAGUACUCCACCCAGCAGAUCGUUGACCUGGAGAGCGAGUACUCUGCCCACAACUACCACCCCCUCCCUGUCUGCAUCGAGCGCGGUGAGGGUGCCCACGUCUGGGACCCCGAGGGCAACGAGUACCUCGACUUCUUGGCUGCUUACUCUGCCGUCAACCAGGGUCACUGCCACCCCGAGAUCUUGAAGACUCUUGUCACCCAGGCCAGCAAGCUCACUCUUUCGUCGCGCGCGUUCUUCUCGACCGGCCUUGGCCCCUUUGCCAAGAAGGUCACCGAGAUGUUCGGCUUUGACAUGAUGCUUCCCAUGAACACUGGUGCCGAGGCCGUCGAGACUGCCAUCAAGCUCGCCCGCAAGUGGGGCUACCAGGUCAAGAAGAUCCCCGAGGGCAAGGCCCGCGUUCUCUCGGUCGAGGGCAACUUCCACGGCCGCACCAUUGGCAUCAUCUCCAUGUCUACCGACGAGGAGGCUCGCAAGGAGUUUGGCCCUUACCUCGACAACGUGGGCCCCCGCGUCGACAACGAGAUGAUCCGCUACGACCACCCCGAGGACCUCGAGCGCGCUCUUGAGAAGUACGGCGACGAGGUUGCUGCGUUCCUCGUGGAGCCCAUCCAGGGCGAGGCUGGUAUCUACGUCCCCGGUGACGGCUACCUCCGCAAGGUUCAGGAGAUCUGCAAGAAGUACAACGUCCUCCUCAUCUGUGACGAGAUCCAGACUGGUCUCUGCCGUACGGGCAAGAUGCUCUGCUACGAGUGGGACAACAUCAAGCCCGACAUGGUCAUCCUCGGCAAGGCCCUCUCUGGCGGCAUGUACCCCGUCUCGUGCGUUCUCGCCAGCAAGGAGAUCAUGCUUUGCAUCAAGCCCGGAGAGCACGGAUCGACCUACGGCGGUAACCCUCUUGGCUGCGCCGUGGCCAUGACCGCGCUCGACGUUCUCGUCAACGAAAACCUCGCCGAGCGCUCUCAAAAGCUCGGUGAGGUCUUCCGCCAGGGCCUGAGGGACCUCAACUCGCCAUUCAUCACCACCAUCCGUGGCCGCGGUCUCUUCAACGGUGUCAUCAUUGACCACACCAAGUCGACCAAGGGUCGCGAGGCUUGGCACCUGUGUCUCAUCAUGAAGUCCAAGGGUCUCCUUGCCAAGCCCACGCACAAGCACAUUGUGCGCUUUGCUCCCCCGCUCGUCAUCUCCGAGGAGGACAUUCUCAAGGCCGUCAAGAUCAUUGGCGAGUCGCUGGCCGAGUUUGACACUCUCGAGACCAUCCCCGGCGACGAGGCCCACUAG